AUGUGGUCAUAUUUCUUUGGAGGCAGUGGUAAUAGUAAUGAUUUUUCCAAGACAUCAUCGAAAAACAAAGAUUUACCCAAGAAGGCCAUAAUAGAAUUAAGAGAACAUAUAAAUUUAUUAACGAAGAAGCAAACGCAUUUACAAACACAAAUAUUGAAUCAAAGUAAUGAAGCGAAGACAUUUUUAAACAAGGGUAACAAGAUAAUGGCAAAGAACUCUUUAAAGAAGAGGAAGAUUUACGAGAAUCAAUUAGGGAAGAUUGAUUCACAGAUAUAUUCUUUGGAACAACAAUUAUUCUCUAUUGAAUCUGCUAAUUUGAAUUUGGAAACCAUGAAAGCAAUGAAACAAGGGUCUAUGGCUAUGAAGUCUAUUCAUAAGGGGUUGAAUAUCGAUAAAGUGGAUGAGACUAUGGAUGAAAUUAGAGAUCAAGUGGAAUUAAAUGAGGAAAUUAGUGAAGCCAUUUCUAGGCCUGUGUUGACUUCUAUGAAUGAUAUUGAUGAAGAUGAAUUGGAUGAAGAACUAGAUAUGUUGGCUAGUGAGUCUGUUCAACAAAAUGUGGAAAGGUCAAAAGGUAGAGUUCAUGAUAUGGUGGAAGAAUCGGCAAGGGAUAAUAAUAAUGCUGUGGAGUUACCUAAUGUUCCUAGUAAUAAAAUUGCACAACAAGCAACUACAGAAUCUAAUGAACCAGCACAAGAAGAAUCAGAGGAUGAAGAUGAAAGGGCAUUAAGAGAAUUACAAGCUGAGAUGGGAUUGUGA